AUGGUUCCCAAUUUGCAACGCUCUUCUGCUGUGUUCAAGUUGAGGCUAGUCUGGUUUUGUUGUCCCCUUCCCCCCACGCUCUCGCUGUAUUCUAGUCGGACUCGCCAGUAUGACGGCCCGGCCACUAAUGAAUGUGUCUCUGACACACCCACAAUCUUUCCCAAGCGACAACUGUCUUUUUACGCAAUUUUGCUCUGUAUCGUUGGCCCUGUGUCCCUGUUGUCUCUUACCAAAUGGGAAUUGAUAUUAUUUAUUUAUUGUGCCGUCGAGACCUUGUUCUGUAUAUACCACACUCUAGUCGCAAGAAACCUGCGGAAAAAGUCCUCAGUGCUACCUCAAUAUGAACUACACCACCUUCGAAACCUCUUCACUCGUAUCCUUCAAACAGGCUUGGCGCCACCCACCCCGACGCUGACAAUGAUAUCGAGGACGAUGCCGCAGGCACACGGCCCGGCAGCAGAGGCUGCGCACUUGCGAGCAGGCAGCAAGUUACGACCGGCUGCCGAAAUCGAGUCUUCGGCUUCGUCCUCCCAACUUGUAUCUCCAUUACGACUUACUUUGGAUCCUUUGGAUAUUACUGGACGUCCUGCAGCGUUUUAUGCGUUGACCGGUUUUGCCAAUUUCGUGUAUCGUUCAUAUCUGAAAAGGACAUUCGGCGUUGUUCAUGGAAAAUUCGGUAAACUCGAGUACUUCUUGCGCCAACCAGAGGUGACCACGAAUGAAGCAAAGGAGCCAAUUGUGUUUAUGCAUGGACUAGGAAUUGGACCUGCUCAGUACUCUAUGUUUAUCAGUCAAAUCCUUCGCGAAUUCCCGAAUCGUCCGGUGCUCGUUCCGCUCCAGCCUCAUAUUUCCCAAGCAAUCUUUCACCCCGGUCACCUCGACGCUCUCAACAAGACCGAGCUCGUGGACACGCUUCGUGGCCUUUUGGAAGAGCUUGGGUGGGCACAGUCCGACGAUAAGCCAAGCUCGAGUCGAGUUACGUUUAUCAGCCACUCCAAUGGAAGUGUACCCCAUGCGUGGAUGCUCAAGGCUUAUCCUCAACUGCUCCAACGAAACUGUUUUGUGGACCCAGUCACUUUCUGCCUUUGGGAAGGGGAUGUAUGCUACAACUUUGUCUAUAAGCGGCCGGUCAACGGUUUGGAUGUCCUAAUGAGAUACUUUGUUGGCACAGAGCUUGGUAUCGCGAAUCAUAUCCAACGUCAAUUCGACUGGUCCGCAAACUCUCUUUGGUUCGAAGAGAUCCCGGGGGCACGCGACCCGAAGCGCUCCAUGUUUUUCAUUGGAGGAAAGGAUUCGAUUAUUGAUGGCGAGCGUGUUCGUCGGUAUUUACGCUCCCAUGGUAUUCGGAAGGGUGUGCGUUUCGAUCCUGAGGGCCGUCAUGGAAGUGCUCUGGUUGCUGGCAGCGAAGGCCUGAAGGGUGUUAUCGACUGGCUGGGUGGUCUGCAGGGCAAAAAUUAA